UUUUAAUUAAUAGCCCAGUGAUGAUUGGGUGACACGUGCGUGUUACACACGGCUAAAUUUAUAAGGUAGGACGCUGUGCGCAGAGAUUGCAUACUAUAAUUCUCAAGAAUGGAGCAAACUGAGGAAACUGCCAGGGUGGCGCGCGUUCAAUUGUCUCACGCACUCAGAAGUGCUCUGGGAUUGACGGAGGGAAAAGUGGCCAAAUUUUUUAAAACUCACCACCUAGCUCAGGAAUUGAAUCUAGUUGCUUUACAGACAUGCAAAAACGAAAUUGUCUUUGCGAAAGUUGAAACUAUAGAUGGAGAAGACCAGCUUCGCAUUUUUCUCAGCGAGGAUGAGAUAGAAAGAGAAACUUGCAAAGAGGCCGCUUGCACAGAUAAUGUCUUAGAGGAAGAGAGUGCGAAAAUGUCCGCGGUGAAGAGCUGGAGUGGCCAGGGAAGCGACGCGGAGAUCAUCCAGAGUCACGCUCCUAACCAGCGACCUUUGGUGGGAAAAAUCUUGCGAUGUGCGUCACUUUGUUUUAAUUUUGGUACCCAGCUCGCCGUGGAAGCCGAAAUUAGCCGGAGGAAAAGGAGAAAAGCAGGAGAUCUGAGCAGGUAUGACGCAAAAGUUGCGUCUUUCCACGCGAGCACUGAAGAAGUGCAAGUCAUCGAGAAGAAGUUCAUGGACACUUGCACUCAGGCUGGUGAGUCAGUCGACGCAGAGGCGCAAACAGUGAUAAACUUUCCAAAACACGUUUGGACCCAGUGGAGUCCUCAGCAAAGGGACUUUGACUUCACGCACGAAGAAAAGACCCACCUGGAGGAAUGGGUGCAGCAAAAGGCUGAUUUGGUCUUGGACUGUGCGCACCACAAUUGUAUUCUAGAGAACCACGUGGACGAUUUCCAGCAGCUGACGAUGAGUGACGAACUGGAAACGAUAUUUAGGAAUGAGUCGAGUAACGAGUAUUCGCUCUCAGACAUCAUCAGCAGCUUCUGCUAUUGUCAAGGAGUUAUUAUCGCUUACGCCUGGCAUCCAUCGCGAAAACAUUUGAUGGCAACGUCGUAUGGAGAUGAAGUGAAAUUUUCCCCCAUGGAGCAAGAGUCUUCUGUUUGUGACGAGCUUUCAGAAGUGGUUCAAAAACUCAGCAGUUUGUUCGUUGAAAAGGUCUUGAUUUGGGACUGCGACGCAAAGAAGCCGAAAUUCUCUUUAACGAGUUCGUCAUUAGUUGUGUGUCUACUUUUCUGCCCAGCGGACGAAAGUCUUCUUUUCGGUGGAUGCUGUAACGGCACCGUAGUGAUAUGGAAACUGGAUUUCACGAAGGAUACUAGUAAAAUUAUACAUGCUGACCCUACUUUGCAGAAUAAAAGUUCUUCAUCUAGAAAGGCAAUUAUUGGAAUUCACUGGCUAGAGGAAAACAAUUUUAUAACGAUAUCUGAAGAAGGAUUAAUUGUGGUAUGGACUUUGGAAGCCGAUGCUAUCAUUCGGGAAUCAGGUGUUCUGUACUCCGUGAAAAGCAAAAAUUUAUUUAUUGCUACUGCUAGCUGCCUGGCCGAAAUGAAAUCCAAAACCAAAGAUAGAAUAUUCAAAAUACUGGUGGGCAGCCAGGGAGGUAUCAUUUCUGUAUUUGAAAUAGAUAUUCAGCCAAAAAUUAUAUCUGAUGACGAAGAAUUAGAAGAAAGCUCUAAAAUUUCAUAUCUCGAUCCAAGCAAAUCACCGACGAUGCACGACGGACCAGUUGUAGACAUAAAAGCAGCACCACUUGAGAAAAAUAUUUUCUUAUCAGUCGGAGGGCAUAUAUUCACGAUUUUCUCCUUGGCAAAUGAGAAUUGCCCACUAUUUUUAAAGAAAGGAAGUGAACCCUUGUCGUCUUGCGCUUGGUCGUGUUACUCCAAAAACAUAUUUUACGUUUGCACGGCAGCAGGAAAACUGCAGGUUUGGAAUUUGCUUAACGCCAAAUCCAACUUGGAAACCGAGUUUUGUUUUACUCCUGGAUACAUCAGAGAUUUAAGCUCAACAACGAGUGCUUUGAGGAGCGGACUUCUGCAUUUAAGCGACGACCGAGGUUCUAUAAUGCUCUGCCAGAUACCUGAAAUACACAGAUUGGAAAAUAAGGCAGCGGUGAACAUAUUUUCGGGCGAACUGGCUAGAGUUUCCCAGUUGGACUCGAUAAGCCUUCCAGCGCCUGAAGAGAGUUCGGCGCUUAACGAAGAGGUGAAAAAGAGGCAGGCAAUGCUGCAGAAGGACGAGGAUAGGUUGAACGCAAAAAUGGCCAGUCUAGUGAAGCCAGAGCGGACCGAAGUGGCAGCGCUGCGCGAGAAGCAGGGCAGCAGGGACCUGGCGACGCGGCUGGAGGCCACUCGCCGCCUCCAGCUUCUGCAUCACCUGCCGGAGAAGUUGCUCAGUCUCAAGAGCGUCGACAUGCAGCGUCUUGCCGAGUUCCAGCAGCCUAUGCUGCAUCUGCAACGCAGAGACAGACGCAGGAGCAUCCUCAGGGAAAGCGGGCUCCGUGCGGACGGUGAUUUGUAACAUUACACAAGCAAUAAAAAAGAUUCCA